AUGAGCUCCAUUGGAACUGGGUACGACUUAUCAGUAUCCACAUACUCGCCAGACGGUCGCGUCUUCCAAGUCGAAUAUGCUGCAAAGGCUGUAGAUAAUAGCGGGACCGUCAUUGGCCUGCGUGUCCCCGAAGGUAUUGUACUGGCUGUAGAGAAAUUGGUGCAGUCGAAGUUGUUGGUUCCCAAGUCGAAUAGAAGUAUCCAGACUGUUGAUACACAUAUUGGUGUGGCUACGGCUGGCUUGUUAGCAGAUGGUCGUCACAUUGUUAAUAGAGCUCGAGAUGAGGCAGAGAGUUAUCGAGAUAUUUACAGGGUACCGAUUUCUGGAAAGAUGAUUGCUGAUAGAGUAGGUCAUUAUGUACAAAUAUACACUCUCUAUUCGAGUGUUCGACCGUUUGGAGCGAGUGCGAUAAUCGGGACAUUUGACCUUGACGGUCCCCAGUUAUACAUGAUUGAGCCAUCCGGUGUCUAUUGGGGCUACCAUGGCUGCGCAAUUGGAAAAGGAAAACAGGUAGCGAAAACUGAGAUUGAGAAGCUCAAUCUCGAUAAACUAUCAAUUGUAGACGCAGUAAAACAAGCAGCGAGAAUAAUUUAUGCAGUUCAUGACGAGGCAAAAGAUAAAGAAUUCGAAUUGGAGUUAAGCUGGGUGACCGCGCAAAACAAACGGCAUGAAUUUGUGCCUGCUGAUCUUGCCGCUGAAGCAGAGAGAUUAGCCAAGGAGUCUCUAAAUGAAGAAAUGGAAGAUGAUUAA